AUGCGUGGCGAGGACUGUUAUGAGUUGGCAACGCUUAUUUUUGACAAAGCCAUCCUUGAUCCUACCUUUUUCCCUAUGUACGCUAAGCUGUGCUCUGAUAUCUAUGACAAGCUGCCUACUUUUCAACCUACAGAGCCUGGGGCUAGAAUUGACACAUUCAAGAGGAUUUUGGUCAAUCUAUGUCAAUCACUGUUCGAAGGAGCUGAAAAGUUAAAGGAGGAGCUUAGAGUAUACGCGUCAGAUCAGAAGGAAAAGGAAAUGAUGUUAAGGCCCCAGACUCUAGGAAAUAUUCGUUUGAUUGGUGAGCUUCUAAAGCAGAAGAUGAUACCAAAGAAGAUAGCUCACCAAAUUAUUAUGGUUAAGUAA